AGCACUCAACUACAGUAGAGAUCAUGAGGAAAGUGCGCGGGCAAAGAAAGAACCGUAGCGUAGCGUAGCCUCGCAGCGAGUAACCGCCAUUACCACGCAACGGAGCGUUGAAAAAAAGUGACCCCUUAGUUUUACCACCAGUGAGCCACGUCAUAGUUUCGCUGUUAUAAAUCGUUGAAGCCUCUCCUGCACCGCGUCGCACCUGAUCACUCCCCCCACUUUCUCACAGACCCAACCCAACCCGCCUUGGAUCACCUCACCGAGCAUCUCACGGAUCGGAUCUGAGGAAUCAACUAUAAAGCAUCACUCAGCAACGCUUCCGAUCACGACGCUCUCAACCACCAAACCCUUCGUCACUCCCUUUUCUUUCUCUAGGGUUCUUCACUUGUCGCUUUCUUUUCUCUCUGCUUCUUGUCGUCUUUCUUUGAUGGAAUCUCGCGACAGAACCGCUUACGUGUUUCUGCUCGCGGAAUUCCGAGAGUUCGAUUGAAAUUGAAUAGUUUUCCUCCAACCACUCGUUUUUCCCUUCUUAAAUGGCGGCUUCUCCGGUCAAUUUCCUCUUUGGAUUCUUGCUACUCUCGAUUACAUUGUGGCUCGUCUUCAUAUUCACUUCUGGGCUGGUGGCUUGGAUUUUAAGCCGGAUUUUGGGAGCAUCUGUUGGAUUUCGUGUUGGCGGAUGGAAAUGUUUAAGGGACGUGGUAGUGAAGUUUAAAAAGGGUGCUGUUGAAUCUGUUUCUGUUGGUGAAAUUAAACUCAGCUUACGCCAGUCCCUUGUUAAACUUGGUGUGGGUUUCAUGUCUCGGGAUCCCAAGCUACAAGUGUUAAUAUGUGACCUAGAAGUUGUUUUGAGGCCUCCAGAUAAAACCCCAGGGAAGAAGAAAACUAGGAAAUCUCGUGCUUCAGGCAGGGGGAAGUGGAUUAUUGUGGGCAAUAUUGCAAGAUAUUUAUCUGUUUGUGUGACUGAUCUGGUUCUGAAGACUCCAAAAUCUACGGUUGAGAUCAAGGAAUUGAAUCUAGAUAUAUCGAAAGAUGGUGGAUCCAAGUCAAAUUUAUUAGUUAGACUGCAUAUAGUACCUAUUUUUGUUCACAUUGGUGAGCCACGGGUCAGCUGUGACCUAAUAUCUAAUUUAAGUGAUGAAGGAUGUAGUUCUUCUGGGCAGGCAUCCAUUACUACUAUAGAAAGAUCUUCAGCUCCUUUUUACUGCGAAUUGUUCUCUGUCUCGUGUGAAUUUGAUCAUGAUAGGGAAGUGGGUAUAGUUAUUAAGAGUAUGGACAUUUCUAGUGGAGAGGUCAACGUGAAUUUGAAUGAGGAGUUGCUUUUGAAGAGAAAGAGUUCAUCAGAGUUUUCUUCUGGGCCUGGCAGCAAAGUAGGGUCACAUGCUGAUUCUGUGAGUGCAAAAGGGCCAUCAAAGAAGAUGCAAACACUUGUUGCUUUCUCCAAGUACAGCUCUAUGUUUCCUGAAAAGGUCAGCUUCAGUCUUCCAAAGCUGGAUGUGAAUUUUGUGCAUCGUGAACAUAAUCUUUUCAUUGAAAACAACAUCAUGGGCAUCCAAUUGAGAAGCACCAAAUUGCGAUCCACAGAGGAUCUUGGGGAGAGUACACGCCUUGAUUUCCAACUGGAGUUUAGUGAAAUUCAUCUUCUGAGAGAAGCAGGUUCUUCCAUCCUGGAGAUAUUGAAGGUGGAUUUGGCCUCUUUUGUAUAUAUCCCAGUACAGCCAAUAUCACCUGUUAGAGCUGAAACUGAUAUCAAGUUAGGAGGUACUCAGUGCAACAUCAUAAUGAGCAGGUUAAAGCCUUGGUUGUUUCUCCACUCGUCUAAGAAGAAAAGGAUGGUACUUCGAGAAGAAGCAUCUGUUAUUGCAAAGCCUCAAUCAACUGAUGGCAAGACAAUCAUGUGGACAUGCAAUGUCUCAGCUCCUGAGAUGACAAUAGUGCUUUUCAAUAUGGCUGGUUCUCCGGUUUAUCAUGGUUGCUCACAAUCAUCACAUUUGUUUGCAAACAACAUUUCAAAUAUGGGGACUACAGUACACACUGAACUUGGAGAGUUAAAUCUUCACCUAGCUGAUGAAUAUCAAGAAUGCUUGAAAGAAAGUGUUUUUGGUGUGGAAUCAAAUUGUGGCUCUAUUAUGCACAUUGCGAAGGUUAAUUUGGAUUGGGGGAAAAAGGAUGUGGAAUCAUCUGAAGGAGAUGGUCCUAGGUGUAGACUAGGUUUAUCAGUUGAUGUGACUGGUAUGACAGUAUGUCUAACUUUCAAGCGUGUAGAAUCACUUGUGUCAACAGCUGUAUCUUUUCAAGCUCUAUUGAAAAGCUUAUCUGCUUCAAAGAAAAAGUCGACUCAUAGUCAGGGUCGUUUGGCAAAAUCUUCUGGUAAAGGAACUCAGUUUUUGAAAUUCAAUCUUGAAAGGUGUUCAGUACAUGUAUGGGGUGAGACAGGUUUGGAAACUACAGUUGUUCCAGAUCCCAAGCGAGUUAAUUACGGCUCACAAGGGGGUAGAGUUUUGAUAAAUGUGUCAGCAGAUGGUACCCCACGCAAUGCAAAUAUACUCUCCACUAUUUCUAAUGAAAACCAGAAGCUGAAGUACUCUGUCUCCCUUGAAAUAUUUCAAUUUAGUUUGUGUGUGAACAAAGAAAAACAGUCCACCCAGAUGGAACUUGAGAGAGCCAAAUCUGCCUAUCAGGAAUACAUGGAGGAAAAUAGGGAAGUAACAAACGUGGCGUUGUUUGAUAUGCAAAAUGCCAAAUUUGUACAGCGUUCAGGUGGUCUCAAAGACAUUGCUGUCUGUUCUCUUUUUAGUGCUACUGAUAUUACUGUAAGGUGGGAUCCUGACGUACAUCUAUCUCUAAUUGAACUUGUUUUUCAGCUGAAGCUACUUGUACACAAUAGUAAGCUUCAGGAGCAUGGUAAUGAACACAUGGAAGAUUUGUCUCAUGUUCAAGAUGCUAGUUGGAAAAAAGAAUCUGCUACUGGAUCAGGGUACCUUGAAAAGCAGAAGAAGAAAGAAUCUAUUUUUGCUGUUGAUGUAGAAACAUUAAGUAUUUCGGCUGGGCUGGGAGAUGGAGUUGAGGCCAUGGUUCAGGUGCAAUCAAUUUUCUCUGAGAAUGCUCGUAUAGGAGUACUCCUUGAAGGACUUCUGCUUAGUUUUAAUGGAGCUAGAGUCUUCAAGAGUAGUAGGAUGCAAAUUUCCCGAAUUCCUAGUGUUUCUGCAAAUGCAUCUGAGGUAAAAGGGCAUGUCACAACAUGGGAUUUUGUAGUCCAAGGUCUUGAUUUUCACAUUAUCAUGCCAUACAGAUUGCAAUUGCGUGCCAUUGAUGAUGUCAUCGAAGAUAUGUUGCGAGGUUUGAAGCUCAUAAUUGCUGCCAAGAAAAAAAUGAUUUUUCCUGUAAAGAAAGAGGUCUCUAAAGUUAAGAAACCUAGCUCCGUACAAUUUGGAAGCAUAAAAUUUUGCAUACGCAAGCUAACUGCUGAUAUUGAAGAGGAACCAAUCCAGGGAUGGUUUGAUGAACACUAUCAGCUUCUGAAGAAGGAAGCUGCCGAGUUAGCUAUUCGGUUGAACUUUCUAGAUGAAUUUAUAUCGAAGCCAAAACAAGGUUCCAAAUCAACUGACACCGGUAGUUCUUCUCAAGAAAGAAAAAUUUCUUUUAAUAAUGUUGAGGUUGAUGUAAAAGAUUCUUCUACUAUUGAAUCCAUGAGGGAAGAAAUUUAUAAACGAUCAUUUCGAUCAUAUUACCAGGCAUGCCAAAAUCUUGUGUUGUCUGAAGGGUCUGGUGCUUGUGUGGAUGAUUUUCAAUCUGGUUUCAGACCUAGUACUUCAAGGACAUCUCUUCUUUCAAUAUCUGCUUUAGAUUUAGAUGUAAGCUUGAAAAAAAUUGAUGGUGGAGAUGUUGGGAUAAUUGAGGUUCUGAAGAAGCUUGAUCCUGUCAUUCGUGAAAACAAUAUACCAUUUUCCCGACUUUAUGGGACAAAUAUUCUCUUAAAUACAGGUUCUCUUGUAGUUAAGCUUCGGAAUUACACAUUUCCUCUUUUCUCUGGAAGUUCUGGUAAAUGUGAAGGCCAUCUUGUAUUGGCUCAGCAGGCAACUAGCUUUCAGCCUCAAAUAUAUCAAGAUGUCUAUGUUGGGAGAUGGAGAAAAGUUCGUAUGCUUCGAUCAGCUAGUGGUACUACUCCACCCUUGAAGACAUACUCGGACUUGCCCAUACAUUUCCAGAAAGGUGAGGUGUCAUUUGGGGUGGGUUAUGAACCAGCUUUUGCUGAUGUUAGUUAUGCUUUCACCGUAGCACUUCGGAGGGCUAAUCUAAGUUUAAGGAAUCCUGGGCCACUUAUUCUGCCACCCAAAAAGGAGCGGAGUUUGCCAUGGUGGGAUGACAUGAGAAAUUAUAUCCAUGGAAGAAUAUCGUUAAUGUUUUCUGAAUCAAAAUGGAAUGUUUUAGCAAGUACAGAUCCUUAUGAAAAGGUUGACAAACUUCAAAUUGUGACCAACUCUAUGGAAAUGCACCAGUCUGAUGGUCGUGUUUUUGUUUCUGCCAAAGAUUUUAAGAUUUUGUUGAGUAGUUUGGAGAGUUUGGCGAACAGACGAGGCAUUAAAAUUCCAGCAGGUGUCUCAGGUGCAUUUCUGGAAGCUCCUGUCUUUACUCUUGAAGUUACAAUGGACUGGGAUUGUGAUUCUGAAGAUCCCAUGAAUCAUUAUUUAUUUGCACUUCCAGCUGAGGGCAAACCUCGUGAUAAAGUAUUUGAUCCCUUCAGAUCCACUUCACUUUCCCUUCGAUGGAACUUCUCUCUUAGACCCUUUCCUCCUCCAUCACAAAAAGAAUCCUCAUCUUCCAUUUCUAGGGAUAUUGAUGGUGUUGCUACUGCAUUUGAUAAUUUUCAAACUUCCCAGAAUGUUUCACCACUGUCCCCAACAUUUAACUUUGGAGCUCAUGAUCUAGCAUGGAUUCUAAAGUUCUGGAGUUUGAACUACAUUCCUCCACAUAAGCUGCGCAGCUUUUCUCGUUGGCCUCGUUUUGGUAUUCCAAGAAUUACCAGAUCUGGCAAUCUUUCAUUAGAUAAAGUGAUGACUGAAUUUAUGCUCCGUCUAGAUGCCACACCAGCCUGUAUAAAGAACAUGCCUCUAGAUGAUGAUGAUCCGGCGAGAGGACUGACCUUUGCAAUGACGAAACUGAAAUAUGAACUGUGUUACAGUAGGGGCAAGCAAAAGUAUACUUUUGAAAGCAAGCGUGAUAUUCUUGAUCUUGUCUACCAAGGUCUUGAUCUUCAUAUGCUAAAGGCUUUCAUAAACAAAGAAGAAUGUGCUAGUGUUGCUAAAGUAGUUAACAUGAUACUGAAAAGUUCUCAAUCUUCAUCCAUUGACAAAGUUCCUAGUGAAAAGGGUUACAUGAAUGAAAAAAAUUGUGAUGAUGGAUUUCUAUUAUCCUCUGAUUACUUCACCAUCAGAAGACAAUCUCCAAAGGCUGAUCCUGCUAGGUUAUUACAUUGGCAAGAAGCAGGAAGAAGAAGUAUUGAGAUGACGCAUACACAGUCUGGGUAUGAAAAUGGGAGUGAAACAGACGAUCAUAUGCGAUCGGACCUAAGUGAUGAUGAUGGUAACAAUGUGGUAGUAGCUGAUGAUUGUCAGAGUGUGUUUGUGUAUGGUCUGAAGCUUUUGUGGACUAUUGGAAACAGAGAUGCUGUUUGGGCUUGGGUUGGUGGUCUGUCCAAAGCCUUUGAACCAGCCAAGCCUUCUCCUUCCCAGCAGUAUGCACAGAGAAAAUUACUUGAGGAAAACAAACAACGCCGUGAUGCUGAUUUUGAUCAGAAUGAUGUUUCUAAGGGCCCUCCAACUGGUAAAAUUUCCAAGUCUUUUUUUCAGCAUGUGAGUACUCCUGGACCACUCACAUCUUCGCCAAAUUCAGUUAAAGUGGACAACUUGCCAUCUGUCAGAAAAGAGAACUCGGAUGAUUUAGAUGGGACUAGACAUUUCAUGGUGAAUGUUAUCGAGCCACAGUUUAAUCUUCACUCAGAGGAUGCAAAUGGUAGAUUUUUGCUCGCUGCAGUAAGAGGCCAAGUUUUAGCUCGGUCAUUUCAUUCAGUCUUUCAUGUUGGUUAUGAGAUAAUUGAGCAAGCACUUGUAUCGAAAGAUGUUCCUAUUAAUGAGUACCAACCUGAAAUGACAUGGAAAAGAAUGGAAUUCUCUGUCAUGUUGGAGCAUGUGCAGGCUCAUGUUGCACCAACGGAUGUUGAUCCAGGUGCUGGAUUGCAGUGGCUUCCCAAAAUUCUUAGAAGCUCUCCGAAGGUAAUGCGUACGGGGGCUCUUCUUGAAAGAGUUUUUAUGCCUUGUAGUAUGUAUUUUCGGUAUACAAGGCACAAAGGGGGAACUCCAGAAUUGAAGGUAAAGCCUUUGAAGGAGCUCACAUUUAAUUCUCAUGAUAUAGAGGCAACAAUGACAUCACGCCAGUUUCAAGUCAUGCUGGAUGUAUUGACCAAUCUUCUAUUUGCACGUCUUCCAAAGCCUCGAAAAAGUAGCUUAUCCUUUCCUGCAGAAGAUGAUGAGGAUGUUGAAGAGGAAGCAGAUGAGGUGGUUCCUGAUGGUGUUGAAGAGGUGGAACUUGCAAAAAUAAGCCUUGAGAAAACAGAGAGGGAACAAAGGUUGCUUCUUGAUGAUAUUCGAAAAUUGUCUCUUUGGUGUGAUCCUUGUGUGGAACCACAUCCAGAAAAGGAAAGCGACUUAUGGAUGAUAUCUGGUGGAAGAUCUUUGCUGGUAAGAAAUGAAUGUUUUUAAAAAACUUCUAAUUGAUGUGACUAGGUAAUUUUAUUUAUAGCAUAAAAUCUUGUUCCUGAAUAUUCUGGUCUU